AUGUCACUUGAAGAUAUCUUGAACAACCUCCGCAACCCCAACAAACGGUUCAACCGUAUAAACUUGGGAUUCGUAUCACCAACCAUUUUGAAAUGGAGAAUCACCGACUUGAUUCUAAUUGUUAUUCUAAUCAUCUUGUACAUCGUAUUAUACAACAUCAAGCCAUUCCACAGACAAUUUUUCAUCAAUGAUCUAACCAUAUCACAUCCAUUUGCUGAGGUUGAAACUGUGGGAGGUACUGCAUUGUUUGUGUACUCGACAUGGAUCCCAUUGGCAAUCGUGAUAGUCGUAUCCUUGCUACUCACGACACCACAAUACAAAUUGUACAAUACCUACGUUGCCGUGAUUGGAUUGUGUUUGAGUGUAUUAAUUACAUCGGUAGUUACUGAUGUCUUGAAGAACUGGAUUGGUCGUCUUCGUCCUGAUUUCUUGGCCAGAUGCAUCCCAGAUCCAUCAACACCCAUUAAUACACUUGUGUCUAUUGAAGUGUGUACGACAGACAACUUGGGACGGUUGGAAGAUGGGUUUAGAACCACCCCGUCGGGACAUUCGUCACUAAGCUUUGCAGGAUUGAGCUUUUUGGCGUUGUUUUUACUUGGCCAGCUACAGGCCCCAAACACCAAAGUUGGGAGCUGGAGGACCUUGAUUGGCGCCGCACCUUUCUUGAUGGCUGCGUAUAUUGCUUUGAGCAGGACCAGGGACUAUAGACACCAUUUUGUUGAUGUCUUACUUGGCAGUUUAUUGGGCUUGGGUAUUGGGUUUUGGUCGUAUUUGAGAUUGUUUCCUUGGAUUAGCCAUGAAAAGAGUUAUGACAAUUUUAUCAUCAUUGAAGAGGAAAGUCAAGAGUCCAAUAGUAAACUUGGUCAAGAAGAUGACCCCAACUAUACUAGAUUAAGCGAUGUAUAA